AUACCUAAAAGUAGUUAAUUUUAGAUUAGAAACUGAGUCAGAGGUUCGUUUUAAAAAAAUAUACAUGUUCAAAAAGCGUCAAAAAUUUGCAUUUACGCCAUAGUCAAAUCACAGCGGAAUUUGUAUGAAAGUGCGCUAUCACAUGGCCGAUCAAAUAAAAGAUAAAAUAAAUAAAAAUGCGUAAAAGAGAAAAAUGUCACCCAGAAAAUCUUGCAAAGUUCUAUAUUCAAAGAAAAAUUGAUCAAGAAGGAUUUCUCAAAGUUAAAAUUAAUGACACUAUAGGUUAUGGUGUAUUUACAACAAAUAAAUUUCUGAAAGGAGACUUUCUUUUACAGUACAGAGGUGAUGUUAUUAGUUUAAAUGAGGCAAAAUUGAGGUCCCAACAAUAUGAGAAUGAAGGAUUGGGUUGUUUUAUUUAUAAUGGGAUCAAAGAUAUUUAUGGUAAAUCUGUUUGCAUUGAUGCUACAAACCAACUAAGUUUCAUGGGAUGCAUGGUAAACGACUCACCUUCAAUAUAUGCUAAUGCAAAAAUGAAAAGAAUAGUUGAGUCUAGUCAUGUUAGUCUUUGUCUUUUCGCUACAAAAACAAUAGAUGUUGGCACUGAAUUAAGAUACGAUUAUGGUGAUGAAAGAAAGAAAAUGUUCUGGCGGACCAUGGCAUCAUGUUUACAGCCAUUAUGUUAUAACCAAGCUAAUUGUGUUGAAAUUGGAGCAAUAAAUAGGGAGAAAUUAGAUGUUUUGAAAGUUUCAUUGGAAAAGCCAUUGUUCGAUGAUUCUGACUCAGAAAUUGAAUAUCAAUAUCUUUCCACUGUUGAUAAUAUUACUGAAUCAAGUUUUACAAAAUGUGAUCUUAUUUUUGAAAAUGAAAACGAGUUAGUGUGUUUGUCACCAAACAAAGAAACAGAGUUUAUUGCUGUACUUCCUAGUUUAAUUACAACUCCUAUAAUUGAAAGAUGUGCUUCUUGGGAAGAACUAAAAACGUUUUCAGAAGCUUCCAAUAGUGAUGUUCCUAAAGAAGACCUAAAUUCAACAUGUGAUGAUUUUGGUAAAAUUACAAAAAAAUGUUUGAAUCUAAUUAAAACAUGUGGAGAAAUUGAGGUUGAGACCUCAAAACCAGAAACCAACAAGUACACAAAACCACCACGACUUUGUUUAUUUUGCAAAGUUCCUCAGACUCGGUUAAAACGCCAUAUUCUUUUAAAGCAUGGUACUGAAAUUUCGGUAUUGCCUCUUUUAAAUAUGAACUCUGUAGAUCAGAAUCGUUAUAUAGAAAUAUUUCGAAAGGAAGCUAUUAGAAAUCACAAUGUUUCACUGGUGGAAUCAGGUCAAACAUGUUUUAUUAGAGAAAGAAAGUCAAAAAUACAAAAUGAUGAACUCCCUCUUAUGUGUUGUGGGUGUAAAGGUUUCUAUUCAAGAAAGUAUAAAGCUCGUCACCAACUUGUUUGCCAAGGUACAAAUACCAAUCUAAUGAUACCUAUGGUUUCUAUAGCAAGUAAAGAUUAUGAAAAUUAUUCAAAUGAUUUUGUCAACCUUCUAAACACAUUACAACUGGAUGAUAUUGGAAAUUAUAUUAAAACUGACAAAAUCAUUUUAAUGAUUGGUUCUAGAUCUUAUAGCGCUCUUAAAAGAAAGAAAGAUAAAGUUUCAGAGACUAAAAGAUUGGUUCGUUCACGAAUGCGGUUAACUGCAAGAUUAUACUUAUCUUUUAAAAGUAUCUAUAGCAAUCAGAAAGCUGUUAAAAUAGAUAAUAUCUUAAAUAAUGCAGCUGACAUGUACUGUCGAGAAGUAAUCACCAUAGUUGGAGAAGCUAUUAAUUCUUUAUCAGAAAAAUCAAAUGAAGAUUCGGACCAUCUUUUAUUAAGUGCACAAAAAAGUGGCCUAAAAAUCAGUAUACUUAAUUUAUUAAAGUUAACAGCAAAAUUUUUGAUUGGUUACUUUUUAGUAAAAAAUGAUGAUUUGAAAUCUCAGAGAGUAGUUGACUUUUUAAAGGUUUUAAAGCUUUAUGAAGAUGAUUUAUUUGGUGAUGCUUAUUAUAAUCUAAAUUAUCGUAAAAAUAUUGAUUUUCGGAAACCAAUUAAUCUCCCAAAUGAAGCAGAUGUUCAACUGCUUAUUGAGGAAUGUAACAAAAUUAUGAAUUCUAUUGAUGAUUUUCAACAUCCAUGUGAAUCAUUUGUCACUAUCCGAUCUGCAACUGCCACAUGUUUGACUAUUUUUAAUGCCAGACGAGGUGGAGAACCUGUGCGGUUACACUUAUUUCAGUGGAAUGAGGCUUUAAAUGGAGAAUGGAUGGAUAAACAAGAUCUGCCUGAAGAAUUUGAUAUUGAGCAAAUGUUUAUCACUUAUCAAACAGGGAAAGGUUCGGAUCACACAGUUCCUGUUCUCUUUCCACCAGAAUGCAUAAAAGCAAUGCGAUAUUUGACAAACAAAGAAGUUAGGAAAAAUGCUGGAAUUCCUGAUGAAAACCAAUAUAUUUUUGCCAGUACCCAAAAAAGCAUGAGCCAUGCUAGUGGUUGGCAUUGCAUAAAUGAAGUAUUAAUUCGUUUAGAUAAAAAAGGUGCAAUUAAUGCCACCCAAAAUCGGCAUCGUAUUGCUACAAUCUUAGCAAAGCUGGAGUUAUCAGAAAAGGAAAAAACUUUAAUUUAUAAUCACUUUGGACAUUCAGAAAGAAUCAAUCAAAAUGUUUACCAAGCUGCUCCUGGAUCCUUACAAAUAAAAACAACAGGCAAAAGACUAAGAGCUAUUCAAGAAGUGACAAAGGUUGAUCUAACUCCAUUCAAGUCAAUUAUUUCUAAUUCAGCUGAAGAAAACUUAAGCACUAUAGGAGAACAAGUAAUACCAACUGAUGUUGAGUUGAUAACCAAAAAUGAUAGUAAACUGAAUAGUGGUUUAAAAAUUAGGCCAGUCCUUGAUUUAAAAAAAGUUAUAGAAAGUGAAACUGGAAGAAAAAAGUAUCCUAAAAGAUCUUUCCAUGAAGUUGAUUUUACAAAGAUAUCUGGAAAUGAUAGUAAAGUGGAAGGUGAAAUAAAGAUAAAGCAAGUGCUAAAACUUGAAAAAGAAAAAGCGAUCAAUAAAAAGAAAAAUUUAACAGUUGAAAAAAAGUCAUGGAAUAAGUCUAGUAAAGUUGCGUUUAACAAAGAAUUUGCCCUUCACCUUAAAAAUAAUCGUGGAUAUCCAGGCCGUAAAGAAAUGGAAGUAUUUGCAGAAAAAUUUUGUUUAGACCUCAAACAAAUCAGAACUAGAAUUGUUAAUACUCGAAGAAUAAAACAGAAUUUUCGGAAAAAGACAGUUGCACUUAUGGGAAUUGAUUAAUGCUACUAGGUUGCUUUUAUGCCCUUUGCGGGCUGAUAUGACAGAAGGAAGCCUGCUACCAAAUAAUUAAAUCUCAUUUAAUAUCAUUAAAUCUGUAGAUUAA